GGUCACACAACGGGACUGCAGGCUUUGGGGACACACUGGUAGCCACCACCGGGGCUGGGUGGCUUUGGCAGGUGGCUCUGCCCCGGGAAGGGGAGGAGGCUGCGGCACUCCCAGCCCGGCUGGCAGCCGCGAUGCUCCAGUCCCAGCUCAACCCAGCGGCCGUGCAGGCAGAGAGGGCACCCGAGGACCCCUUGGGGGCUCAUCCUCAGCCCCAACAUCACCCUAGGGCACCCCAUCCAUGGGGCUGCUGCUGCCGCCCCACACAGGCUUGGCGAGGAGAUGGAGGAGGACAACAGGACAGAGCCGUGGCACCACAGCCUCCAAGCGAUGCUGGAUGCCUUGAACCAAACCCUACACAGGGCCAUCCUCCACCCCAGCACCCCGCACAAUGCCAGCACCCGCGCCGGCCGGGACGACAACGCCUACCUGUACAUCCUCUUUGUCAUGACGCUCUUCGCCGUCACCGUGGGCAGCCUCAUCCUGGGCUACACCCGGUCCCGAAAGGUGGACAAGCGCAGCGAUCCGUACCACGUCUACAUCAAGAAUAGGGUCUCCAUGAUCUGAGCCCGGUGCCUCCUGCAGAAAGAACCCCUCGGUGCUGAGCCCUGGCGCAGGGCAGGAGCACCGGUGUCACCUGCGGGCAGGUCCCGGUGCUACGGAACCACUGCAGUUGGGGACGUGGGGGUGGUGGAGAUGUCUACUUUCCCACUGUUCUCAUGACUUACUGAGGCUGGCAGGGGUUGUAAGGAGGAAAAUUCCUUGCUCAGACCAGCCAGCAUCACCUCCGAAGCACACCCUGCACUGCUCAGCGUGGGUUUUUCUGGGGCUAAAAGCUGUGAUUUCAGAGCCAGGCUGAGCCCCGCUUCACUGGUGGGGAAUUAAAGGACGUGGUGGUUCUUGA